GCGUUUAUCGAUACAUACUGAGCGUUGCGGCCUUUAUGGUCCCCCUUUUUCGGGUGUUGUAAUUACCGCACAGUGUGUACAGCAUCAUCUAAUUUCCCUUUGGUUGCUCUAUUUUGAUUUACCACGACGGCUUGAGCGUUUUGUGCCCCGGCUUGCAUUCGUUGUCACGGUACACACAGUGAGAGGCGCGACAAUUCUAUCUAGACGAAUGAGGUAAAUUCAGACGCUCAUUAUGGUAGACUGUCGUGCCUGUAUACGGAAACGGAUUCGCCAGCACGUACACUUAGUCCUCGCCAUGUUUUCGGUCAAAGUGGCGUGACAAGAGCUUUGCCGAUUUCGUCGUGACGGCUGUCUAUGUGUUGCUAUCUGCAAUAGAUCCGUAAAACUUCUCUCUAUUGCUUCGGGCCGGUAGCUCAUGUCGAUUGAGAUUAUAAGUCAAUCAAGUGGCACGUAUAGAUAGCGGCGUUUGCCUGCCAUUGUCGCUGCUGCUGCUAUUGUUGUUGUUGGACAAACGCAGACGAGUCGAAUCUGCUACUGGGUGUAUUAUGAUAAAAAUUAGUGUAUCUAAGCGGCCUAGGUAAGCAGCUAAGCGAAAACCAGUGAAAGAUUGCCUGUGGUGUUGACGUGAACUCUGGACGUGCGGGAAAGCAGAUUUAGCGUGAUUAUUCAGCGAUGCCUCAGAUAUUGUCUUGAUUUAGGGGUGCAAUGGCCAGUUAGUGGAGGCCAAGACCAAUGAAAGUGUAGUCAAUAUCAGUAGCAGCAGAAGUUUCCUGUAAGAGCUAAGAAUCGUAAUCGUAUGCUGCGGACUGCGUAUGCUCGGGUUUAAUUAACUAAUGCUAGGUGUAGUUUGCAUUCCUGUUGGUGAAGUGGAAAUCUACUUGGGAUGCAUGGAAAAAAUGGUGCUUGAUUAGGAUGGUUAGCAAUUGCUCGCUGAAGCAGUUCCAGAACAGGUUCGGGGCACAGUUUGUUGAAAAAUAACCGGUGGAAAAAAAUAAGUGCAGGUGUAAGGAAGUUGGUGCGUUGUGCCAACGUACUGUGAUAAGUUUAACUUGACUUGACUAACUAGAAUUUGGAUUUCUUUUCCACCCACUCAGUCAGUGGCGACAUUCGAAGCUGAUGAACCGUACGAGUACGCUGUGCGAGUUCAAGGGAACCGAGUGAAGUCAGCAGGGAUUUAAGUUCGCCAGCGUGAGGCAGACUAAGAAUAGUGACCGAUUUGAAGGAAAAUAAGUUUUCUUUUAACCGACAGUCUAAUCGAACACCAUUUCAAGGCGACAACUCGGAAAGGAGGAUCGAUCUUGUGGAAGGAACAUAGACAUUUGACCUGGGCAAACCAAAAAGCAACAUAACGGACUCACCGCGUGAUGGAGGCCGCGGCUAGUGUACUAGGUUGCACGCCAGCUGCGCUGCGGUUACUUAUCGGCGUUUUGCUAGGGUAUCCGUUGGCUGUAGUGUACCGUUGGUAUGUUCACAAACUCGUCCCAAAUGCACAGCAUAUUUUUUUUACGGUUACCGGCUUAGCGUUAAUUAUCUUUAACUAUCGGUGGGAUUCUCUGCACUCGUUAACAAACAUCGUCGUCGUCUACGUUUUUAUGCGGAUGGCAGGACGAACCCUCGCUGGCCUUGCGGCUACCUUCAUCUUCUCACUUGGUUAUCUAUUGAUGGGCUACCUCUUCACGGCCACGGACAACUACGACAUCAAGUGGACAAUGCCACAUUGCAUUCUCUGUCUUCGCCUCAUCGGGGUUGCGUUUGAUUACUACGAUGGGGGAGCCAAGGACUUGAGCAAGCUGCCGCCCGAUCUUCAAGCAACCGCUCUGGACAAAGUGCCGAGUCCCCUCGAAAUGCUGGGUCACUCUUAUUAUUUUGGCGGCUGCAUGGUUGGGCCCCAGUUCUCCAUGCGCCGUUACCAGGACUUCGUGCAGGGAACUCUCUGGCCGAGUCAGAAAACAGAAAUAGCAAACAGUGUGUCGUAUUCUAUGAGCCGGCUCAUUAUGGGCUUGAUAAUGAUGGCUUUCUAUCAGAUUGGCGCAAUAUACGUUAAUGAUAAGGUGAUCCUUUCGGAAGAAUAUCUCACACAGUGGAGCUGGUGUGCUCGAUGGCUAUUUCUAGGGCUGUUCGGAACAAUCACACUACAUAAAUAUGUCGCGUGUUGGCUUAUGGCGGAAGGCAGUUGUGCACUGAGCGGGCUAUCGUACAAUGGACGCAAUGCCCAUGGCAUCAAUCAGUGGAAUGGACUUCAGAAUAUCUGGGUGUGGCGUUUUGAGAUGACGACAAACUUCGAUGGCUUCAUCCGGGCCUUCAAUAUCAACACCAAUAAAUGGGUGGCUCAAUAUAUCUACAAACGUCUCAAAUUUUUAGGUAAUAAGAACGUAAGUCAUAUUGUCGCAUUGGGAUUCCUUGCCCUUUGGCAUGGAUUUCAUAUGGGGUACUACAUCUGUUUCUUGAACGAAUUCCUUGUAAUGAAAUUCGAACGAGACGUUUCCCAGAUUAUCGACAGUUUUCCGCGUGUCCGAAAUGUCGUUUACCAUGAAAAGCUUCAAUGGCUCCGUUUGAUCUUCAUGAAGAUUUAUGUUGCCUCGUUAUUCGGCUAUUGUUUGGUGCCAUUUAUUCUACUCAAGCCGUAUAAAUUCCAUCAGGUGUACGCUUCAUUCUAUUACGUUCCAUCAAUUCUACUCGCUAUAUGGUUCUUCUCCUCGUUCCAAGCGAUGCCAUUAGUUAAACGUAUGGCCCGCGAUAGCUCCAACGGCUUGGUAAAUAGAGACGCUUCAAUUGGCAACGGUGGGAAAAUCGGCAGUGACGACACGAAGGCGCAGGACAAGCAAGACUAAACAUUGAAUAUUACAGAAAAAGUGAACCUUCAGAUGAAAUUGCCAGGCCGUGAUCAUAUCAGUUUGCUAUUUCUUCUCAUGUCAAUCGUCGGUUUCCGCCCGCCACCAUUAGCUUACGUUGCCAUUAAAGCGUAUUCACGCCUUGCCAAGACGGAGACUGUAACGAAAUCGUUAACAUUACUAAGGGCGCAAUCACUUGACCAGUUGGCUGUAGCCAAAUGAUUCGCGAAAUCGUUAUAAAAACAAGCAUAAACUUGUCAAGCAACAGGCUAAACAGGAUAUAAGCUGUUGGAAGUCUCCAGUCAUCGUUUUCGUUGCGGCCAGGCAGGACAGAAUAGGCUGUAGCCUGUAGUGUGGAGCCGUUGCAUUUUGCAGGCCGAGACUUGCUUGGCAGGCAACUAACCAAGAUCGUGACUGUGUCCUAAUUUAGGGGAAGAAGAACGAGCACAACGUGACAAUAGAGAACGCGUGAAUAUAUCGUCUGCUCACUGUGACGAGCGCGAAAAUUUGAAAACAACAUGGAGCCGAACAAGUUCCCGUCUUGUAUUGUCGCUGAAGCUACAAACAUUUGAGAGUAACCGAAGACUGAAUAGGUUGAAAGCGUAGGGAGAUACUGUUUGACGCUUGCCAUUCUCAGUUUUGCAGAGACCAUCAUACCCUACCAUCAUGAUCAUCAACAAUCAGAGACUGACUAUUGAAACAAGACGGUCUUGUACUAGUUCUAGGUAAAAUAGCUUGUCAGUUAACAGACGUUACUGGCUGGGUCGAGGGAAGUUGAAUCGGACAAAGAUGUAAGGUACGGUUAGAUGUGAUUGUGCUAUCCCGCCUAAGCGAUUGUAUCUCAACGCAGAGGAGGAACGAGUGGAUAUAAAGGGCAAAGUAGGGGAACGGUUAGAUGGGUUGGCUUGUGGUAAAUGCUACUGCAUCUGCAGUUACAGUUGCCAGUGAAUAGUACUGCCGUCUCAAUUGACGAUUGUUUCGAUGCGUCGUUAGUAAUAUUCCUGAUAUGAUUGCAAGAUGGUGUUUGGACUUGGCCGAACUAGAUAAAAAUGACGUGUGACAGAUUAAUAUAACGAAUAACCUGAUCGCGAUGAGAUAACAAAUACUGAGCUCGAAUAUUGAGCUAGUUGGUCGAGGCGGGAUUUGCCUCCAGUUGCCUUAGAGAAAAAGAUUUAGAUAGACCUAGAGUGUGUUUUAGAAGGUAUGGAACGAAUGAUGCUUGAUGCGGGAAGGAUGUAGGAAGCAAUGAAAGAGUGAAAAAAUCACCAUGAAACGUAUAUGUCUGCGCUCGUCGUCGAUAUAUAGGAAAUCCUAAUACAAUCAGUGUUCAUGUAGGUCAAUUAGGAAGUUAGCCGACCAUGCGACCUCUGAAUCCCUAAAAAUUCGGAAAAAAACAUCCUCAAGAGAGAAAAUGAUCUGGGAACGAUUAAAAGAGCCAGCUUUAGCUUCAGAAGAUAAUUCAUCAACAAUAACUAUAUAGAUACACACGCAGAUACGCAAGCGAGCACAGUAAAUCAGUAAGAUAAUCGUCUAUGCGAUGAUUGGCAGCACAACUCAGUAAAGAGAAAAUGAGGGUCUUCUUUUUCGACAGUUCGAACUAUAUGGUAAUUAGAGGGCAAGUACAAUCUAGUGAAGAACGCAGGAUGCCAGUAAACGGGGCCGAAAAGUGGGUCUCAUCAUCGCCCGCAGUGACUGAUACCAAUAAGUAACGUACGGAGUUUAUUGCCCAGUGGUCCAGACUAUUUAAUCCGUUCGUGCAGUUAAACGCACGUGUUUCUGUCGUUCGAUACCAGCCUAUACAGAUGUUAACAGACAAGAGAAAUAAUUAAGAACGGAUCUCGUCAUACCAACAAGACGCUUGUUGACACAUGUUUCUUUUUCAUGAGAUUACUUUAACGAAAAUCAUCUUUGGAAGAUCAUGCGACACAAUUAAUUUUUAAUAUGAAAGCGAAAUGCGGCGGUGGUGUAACAUACAUUUUCUAAAAAAAAAAAAAAGCAAACCCAAAAAUUAUU